GCGCCCGCGGGAUUCCGUCCGAGUCGGUAGCCGCUACUUCCCGGGGUCCCGGACCGCAGCCUUCCGCACUCAGGGCCUUGGAUUUCCUCUCCCAGAGGCAAAAGCCUAGCUCCCCUCUUCCUGGAACUCUUGUUUCCCCCCCCCCCCGAGUCCAGCUUCCCAGCCUCCGUUUCCAGGACCCCGGCACCCCGGAUCCCUGCCUCCCGGAUCUGCGCUACCGGGACGUGGCCUCUUGAGGACCUCUGCCACUUGGACACCUUCAGCCUUCCAGAGCCAAGCACCUCCCUGUCCCAGCCCGAUAAACUCCUGUAUUCCCAUCCGUAGGGCCGAGCACCCCAGGUGCUCCCGGCUUUCGGGCGCAGGACCCAACCCAGAGAGCUCCCAGCUUCGGGAUCUGACACUCCAGGUUUCAAGAGCCAAGGAACCCAGGCGCUGUGAACUCGCAACUCCAAGGAACCCUCCAGAGUUCCAGCCUCCAGCCUGGGCUGCAGAACUCUCCGCUCUAAGGAACGUCGGCGUUCCAGGAAGGAGCCCCAAGCUUCCAGGCGCUAAGGAACUCCGGGCGCGUUCCAACAUGGUGGCCGAUCCCCCUCGCGGAGACCCCAAGGGGUUCGAGGCGGCCGCGCCCGCCGCGAACGGUGCCCCGGUGUUGCUCGCGAAAGAGGACCCAGACUCCGCGCGCGGCCGCUGCUGCGGUUCCCAGGAGCGGGCGCGCCGCUGUCUUCGCGCCAAUCUGCUGGUGCUGCUGACGGUGGCGGCCGUGCUGGCAGGCGUGGCGCUGGGUCUGGGGGUCUCGGGGGCCGGUGGCGCGCGCGCGCUGGGCCCCGCGCGCCUGGCGGCCUUCGCCUUCCCCGGAGAGCUGCUGCUGCGCCUGCUGAAGAUGAUCAUCUUGCCGCUGGUGGUGUGCAGCCUGAUCGGCGGCGCCGCCAGCCUGGACUCGAGCGCGCUCGGCCGCCUGGGCGCCUGGGCGCUGCUCUUUUUCCUGGUCACCACGCUGCUGGCGUCGGCACUCGGCGUGGGCUUGGCGCUGGCGCUGCAGCCGGGCGCCACCUUCGCUGCCGCCAACGCCUCUCUCGUCGCCGCGGACGCCGUGGAAGAGGCCCCCAGCAAGGAAGUCCUCGAUUCCUUCCUGGAUCUCGUAAGAAAUAUCUUCCCCUCCAACCUGGUGUCCGCAGCCUUCCGCUCAUACAGUACCGUCUAUGAAACCCAAUGGAUCAACGGAACCAAGGUGAAGGUGCCUGUCGGGAAUGAGGUGGAGAGUAUGAAUAUCCUGGGCUUGGUGGUCUUCGCCAUUGUCUUUGGCGUGGCCCUGCGCAAGCUGGGACCCGAGGGAGAGCUGCUCAUCCGAUUCUUCAACUCCUUCAAUGACGCCACCAUGGUGCUAGUGUCCUGGAUCAUGUGGUAUGCCCCUGUUGGCAUCUUGUUCCUGGUGGCUGGCAAGAUCGUGGAGAUGGAGGAUGUGCGGUUGCUCUUCACCAGCCUCGGCAAAUACAUCCUGUGCUGCCUGCUGGGCCACGCCAUCCACGGGCUCCUGGUGCUGCCCCUCAUCUACUUCUUCUUCACCCGCAAAAACCCCUACCGCUUCCUGUGGGGCAUCAUGACACCGCUGGCCACUGCCUUCGGGACCUCUUCGAGCUCGGCCACGCUGCCGCUGAUGAUGAAGUGCGUGGAGGAGAGGAAUGGUGUCGCCAGGCACAUCAGCCGCUUCAUCCUGCCCAUCGGUGCCACCGUCAACAUGGACGGUGCGGCGCUCUUCCAGUGCGUGGCCGCAGUGUUCAUUGCGCAGCUCAACCAGCAAUCCCUGGACUUUGUGAAGAUCAUCACCAUCCUGGUCACCGCCACCGCGUCCAGCGUGGGUGCCGCGGGCAUUCCGGCUGGAGGUGUCCUCACUCUGGCCAUCAUCCUGGAGGCAGUCAACCUGCCAGUUAACGACAUCUCCUUGAUCUUGGCUGUGGACUGGCUAGUGGACCGGUCCUGCACGGUCCUCAAUGUGGAAGGUGAUGCCUUUGGGGCGGGACUCCUCCAAAGUUACGUGGAUCGUACAGAGCUGCGGAGUUCGGUGCCGGAGUUGAUCCAAGUGAAGAGCGAGGUGCCCUUGGCUCCACCGCCCGCCCCCACUGAGGAGGGGAACCCCCUCCUCAAACACCGCCUGGGAUCUGCUGGGGACGCGGACCCCUGCGAGAAGGAGUCGGUUAUGUAAACCCCGCGGGGACUUUCCCUGCCCUGUUGGGGACACUCGGGACAUCAGGAUCGUGAAUCGGGGCUAUGGAGGCCCUGCCUGCACACUUGAGGGUUCCAGGGGUCCCAGCCUGUCUCCCCAACAUCAGAUCUGGGAAGUUUCGAUGUUGGGGUAUAGGUGUGUGUGUGUGUGUGUGUGUGUGUGUAUCUCCCCAAAUCCUCCCCAGUCUUCAAUUCCUGUUUCUGACCAAAGUUAGGAAACAAGAUGGAGAAACCAUGUCGUUCUGGCCCCCCCACCUCUCAGGGCACAGGUCACCAUGUGGAUUUCUGCCCUCAUUGAGAAAAAGGACAUUCCAAUGGGUUGAUGGCUAUUUUGGUGGCUGUAGCUGUGUGUGUGUGUGUGUGUGUGUGUGUGUGUGUGUGUGUGUGUGUGUGUUUUGUGACUCCAUGGUACAUCCCACCCUCUUCCCUCCACAGUAACAAACACUCCUCGGGACCUUGCCGGGGUUGGGGAGCCUGAGGACAAAUACUGCCGUCACUCCAAAGGACAUUUUUUGUAGCAACAAAACUCUAUCUCAUCAGGUGUUUUUAAGACCAAAAGCAUGAGGCACGCACUAAAAAACCACACAGGAUAAAACAGACUUCACCGAAAUAAGAUUAUCUGUUCGUCAAAAAAAACACCACUAGAGGGCGCCUGGGUGGCUCAGUCAGUUAAGCAAUCUUGCGAAUGUUCCGUAUCUCGACACGGGUGAUGCUUACACAGACACAUACAUUUGAGCACGCUCAUCUGCACACCGUAGAUGUGCGUGAUUUUACCCCAUGUGUAACAUCUUGGCCGUGGAAAAUUCCGUACAACUGGGAAGAGACUGACUCUGCUGUAGCCACUUACAGGGACUUCCUUGAUACUUGAACUCUAUCCAAUAGUGGCAGUAAUGACUUGCUCUCCCCACCCCUUUUUUAUUUAACCCAGAAUUUGCUAUUUGAAUAAAAAAUGUGCUGUGCCGCUGUUUUUAAGUCC